AUGGCAUCAUGCCGUACGGGAGAAAAGAACGAAUCCAUUGUUCCGGUACGUCUCAGCGAUAUAAAGAGGGAAAAGCAUGUCAACUUGCUGCACAUUUCGAAUCCUCAACGAGACCACAACACGGGACAUUUUGCUUGGAUUAAGGAUUUAUCUCGACUCAUGAGUUCUCAAUUGAGCAAGAAAAAAGCCAGAAAAUACAUUUGCGAUCGAUGCCUGCACUAUUUCCAUUCCAACGAGAAACUAGAGAGUCACACCACAGACUACGAAAAAUUAAACGACUGCGCCAUCCUGCCACCCAGCGAGGACAACAAGUGGCUAAACUUUCGCAAUUACAGCAGAAAGGAGCGAGUUCCAUUUGUGGUGUAUGCCGACCUUGAGUGCAUCUUACAGAAGACGGUAAGUGAGAAGGAAGAGGAGGGAUGUACAUCGCACGCGUAUCAGCAUCACAAAGUAUUUAGUAUAGUAUAUUACUUGCGUUGCUCGUACGACGAUUCGUUAUCAUAUUUUCGGAGCCGCGAUACGAAUUGUAUUUUGUGGUUCGUCGAGCAACUAGAAAAGUUAGCACACCGUGUAAAAGAAAAGUUAUCAACCAAUGUCGACAUGGAAACUUUGUCGAAGGAACAGUUUUCACAAUUUAUCUGGUUGUGA